ACUCUCCUCUAAGUGCACUCCACUGCUCUGCCUCUCUUCUCCCUUCCUUUGCAACCAUGAAGACCGUAACAAGAACCACCCGCUCCAGCAUGAGCGGUGGUUUCGGCGGCAGUAGUGGUGGUUUCAGCAGCGGUGGUAGCAUCCGCAUGUCCAGUGGUGGCGGCGGCGGCGGCUUCGGUGGGGGCUUCACCUCCAGAUCCGCCAUUGUCUCCCGUGGUCCCGUUAUGUCCUCCGCAUCUGUGAGACUGGGCUCAGCGGCCGGUGGUGGAGGCUUUGGCAUGGGAGGACUUGGAUUUGGUGGUGGCGCUGGAGCAGGAUUUGGUGCUGGAGCAGGAUUUGGAGGUGGUGCUGGUGGUGGUGCUGGAUUCGGUGGUGGUGCUGGAUUCGGUGGCGGUGGAUUCGGUGGUCCCAUCACCCCAACCAUCUCCAAUGUUACCGUGAACUCGAGCCUGCUGGCCCCCGUAUCUGUUGAUAUCGACCCCCAAAUCCAAGUUGUGCGCAACCAAGAGAAGGAGCAGAUCAAGACCCUGAACAACCGCUUUGCCUCAUUCAUUGACAAGGUGCGCUUCUUGGAACAGCAGAACAAAAUGCUUGAGACCAAAUGGAGCCUGCUUCAGGAACAGACCACCACCCGCUCCAACAUUGAUUCCAUGUUUGAGGCCUACAUCGCCAACCUGCGCAGACAGCUCGAUGGGCUUGGCAAUGAGAAGAUCAAGCUGGAGGGAGAGCUGAAGAACAUGCAAGGCCUGGUGGAAGACUUCAAGACCAAAUAUGAGGAUGAAAUCAACAAGCGCGCCACAGUGGAGAAUGAUUUUGUGCUCAUCAAGAAGGAUGUUGAUGGUGCCUACAUGAACAAGGUCGAGCUGGAGGCCAAGGUCGACUCCCUCACAGACGAGAUCAACUUCCUCAGAGCAGUCUAUGAAGCAGAACUGGCUGAGCUCCAAGGACAGAUCAAGGACAUCUCAGUCAUUGUGGAGAUGGACAACAGCCGUGGCUUGAACAUGGAGGCCAUUAUUGCUGAUGCUAAGAAAGAGUUUGAGGAAGUUGCUAACAGAAGCCGCCUGGAGACCGAGAAUUGGUACAGCGUUAAGAUUGAGCAGAUGCAGACCUCUGCGGGACAGUAUGGAGAGGACCUUCGCAACACCAAGAACGAGAUUGCCGAGAUGAACCGCAUGAUCUCCCGCAUCCAGAACGAGAUUGAAACAGUCAAAUCACAACGUGCCAACCUGGAGGCUCAGAUUGCAGAGGCUGAGGAACGUGGAGAGCUGGCAGUGAAGGAUGCCAAGCUUCGCAUUGCUGAGCUGGAAGAAGCCCUGCAGAGAACCAAGCAGGACAUGGCCAGACAGGUCCGUGAAUACCAGGAACUCAUGAAUGUCAAACUCGCCCUGGACAUUGAGAUCGCCACCUACAGGAAGCUCCUGGAAGGAGAGGAGGACAGGAUUGCAACUGGUACACAGGCCACAGUCCACAUUCAGACCUCCAGCGCAGGAGGAGCCGCUGGUGGAGGUGGUGGCUUCGGAGGUGGUUAUGGAGCCGGUAUGGGAAGCGGCAUGGGAGGCGGUAUGGGAGUUGGUGGAGGUUUUGGCAGCGGUUAUGGUGGAGGCUUGAGCAUUGGCGGUGGCAGCAUGGGCGGAGGCCUGGCCAUGGGAGGAGGCUACGGAAGCAGCAUCAGCGUUGGAGGAAGCUCCAGGUCCAUCAAAAUGAGCCGCUUCUAAGCAGCAGAACUCCUCUCCACACUCUACGUCCCCUUUUUCCUAUGUUCAGCAGAGCUCCUGUUCCCACCAGCAGGCCCAUGUUUGAGAGAGUCAGAGAUACCAUCAGUCAGAGCAGCACACGAGUCAGUUCUCUCUUGUAUCAGUCAGCCUAGAUGUCUAGAUGUUGUUGGAUUUGGUGUCGCACAGACCAGAGUGUUUGUGUCCUGACAGAGAAGUCUUCACACAGAGCUGUAGGAAAAGGACUGCAGAUAUUCCUAUGACAAACAAAAAAAUCAUAACAAUGACCCUCAUAGGCAUAACUGUUCCCUUUCCUGCACCUCUUCAGCAACAUGCACCACUGUCCUCUGAAGCGAUUUUUACCCAAGUUUACAAAAACUGUCUUAUGUCUGUAUGUUCCACGUUCACUUUUUCCACACCAUCAGGCUGACUGGAACUCCAGAUUUAUCCAAGUGUAUGUACCAUCUGCACCGCAAAUAAAUCUGACUCAUAAUCUUCAA